GGACAGAUCUGAUCUCUCAAGAUUUCACCAAGAAACAUUGAGCACACUGUCAGUUGCACUGGAAUGUGGAGUGAUAUCAUGCGGGUAUUUGCGUUGCUUCUCGCAGUCAAAGCGGCAUGUGUUCUCCUGGUCUCCUCUCUCACUGGCACAGGGGCAGUGAACAACAGCGGCCGGUGGUGGGGCAUUGUGAAUGUGGCAUCCUCAGGCAAUCUCCUUACCAACUCCAAAAAUGUGCAGUUGGCGCUGGACCCCAGCCUGGCAUUGCUAAGUCGUCGACAGAGAAAACUGAUCAGGCAGAACCCUGGCAUCUUGCAUGCCAUUGCGGCAGGCCUGCAUACAGCCAUCAAGGAAUGCAAAUGGCAGUUUCGUAACCGCCGAUGGAACUGUCCGACCACCCACAGCCCCAAUGUCUUUGGAAAAAUUGUCAACCGAGGUUGCCGUGAAACUGCGUUUGUGUUUGCCAUCGCAAGUGCGGGUGUUACUCAUGCUGUGGCCCGGUCCUGCUCUGAGGGGGCAAUUGAGUCCUGCACCUGCGACUACCGGCGCCGAGGUCCUGGAGGGCCAGACUGGCACUGGGGAGGCUGCAGCGACAAUGUGGAAUUUGGCAGGAUGUUCGGACGAGAGUUUGUGGAUUCCAGUGAGAGGGGCAGAGACCUACGCUAUCUGACCAACCUGCACAACAACGAGGCAGGAAGAAUGACAGUUGCAUCAGAGAUGCAACAAGAGUGCAAGUGUCAUGGGAUGUCUGGCUCUUGUACUGUACGAACCUGCUGGAUGAGACUGCCCAGUUUCCGUGUAGUAGGAGACUUCCUAAAGGACCGCUUUGAUGGUGCAUCCCGAGUGGUGUAUGCCAACAAAGGCAGCAACCGUGCUUCUCAUCGGGCUGACCCCCGCCAUCUAGAGCCAGAGAAUCCAGCACAUAAGCUUCCAUCUGUUCGGGACCUGGUCUACUUUGAAAAGUCACCAAACUUCUGCUCUUACAAUGGCAAAACAGGCACACAUGGCACUUUAGGACGCACCUGCAACAGUUCGUCGCCCGCACUGGAUGGGUGUGAGCUGCUGUGCUGUGGAAGGGGGUACAAGACUCGGAUGGAGCAAGUCACGGAAAGAUGUCACUGUACUUUCCACUGGUGCUGUCAUGUGAGCUGUCUCAACUGCACCCAUACACAGACUGUCCACCAGUGUCUAUGAUGGACAAGGAGAACAAACUGAAAAACUGGAGGCAAAGGGAUGUAACUGGCUACAGAGUCCCAAACUGGGUAUUGAUAGGGGCUUUUGUUUUGUAUAGGAGAUAAUGAACAUGUCAAGAUUGCAUGUACUGAUUUAAAGGGCUAGGAAAGCAAGGUGGAAAGGGUGUUAGGACUGAACACAAAAAAGUCCAUUGCAUAAGAAAGCAUAUUCAAUGUAUAAACUACUGAGAAUAUUUUUAGGAGCUCUGUUCAUAAAACAGUGUUGCCUCAAGUGCCAAACUCUUAGCUGAUGGCAGACAUUGUAAAAAAUAUUUGUGAAUUUUGAAACUGAUACUGCAGCCUUGGGCUCUGAUCUAAUGAAACGGGACAAGAACCACUAUGCACUGUGUAAAACUAUGUGCAGGAAAGAGUGUCCAUGUAAACGAAGGCUGAAAACACUUUGACAUUUAGAGUGCAGCACCACCAGGCUUGAGGUUCUACCAUGUAUUCUCUCUUCUAUGAUACUUUGGGGAACAUAGAAGCUGAAAAGUAGUACAGUAACUGGACACACUUUGACAGAUGUUCCUGUGGUAAGGGAACCACAAGCAUGCUCUCUCAUAAACCAGUGCACAACUCUAACAAGAGGGCGGUUCUUUAAAAUAUUUUCCUGUUUUGUUUUCUUUAGCUGCAGUCCUACUCGUCUCACAUAAAACUGUGUGAAGUGCUUCUCAAGGGAUGGGGCUUCCUUUUCCGAUUACUAUGUAGCGGAAUCCCGAACUCGGCGCAACCUCUUGAUAUUUCCCACUCAGACCUGCCAUACUUCCCGUCAUUGCUUUGAGUCUUCUGCCAUUUUUUAAAAACAUUUAUUAUUAUGUGGUUUACCAUGUUAUUGUAAUGAUGGAAACGUAUUGGAAAGAGAAAAUUACGAUUGACCCGAGUUUGACUUUGAACAUGAUUGAAUGUUCUGUCAGCCCAAGCUGUCAAAGUGACCGAACUGCAUUGUUUACAGUACAAAAGAACAGGCUAUACAUUUAUUACAGAAAAUAUAAACAUGUGUAAAGAUAAUUCUGUAAAUGCCCUACUACCUAGUUUACAGUGGACAAACAGUUCACAUUUAUCGUUUUUGAAAGAGCCACAUUUAUGGAAAUGGAAUAUUAAUUUUGUAUAUCAGCUAACAUAACCAAAAUGUUGUAAAUAUUAUACAUAGAUUUGAUCUAUAUAUUUAUGCUAAUGCAACUUGCAAUGUUAAAUUGUUUUAAAUGUAAAAGUGGGGUAAAUACACUAUCAUAUGUAACACUUUCAAAGAAACUUCAGCCAAUUGUGCGCUAACUUAUACCAACGGUCACAAAAGGAUGAAGAGAUGUGAUCAGAAUGGGGCCACAUACAUCUCGGAGACAUGGUUACUUUGUCAAAUGCCUGAUUUGCUUGUCUCUUGACACCUGUUUUUAAUGCACUGAAUACCAUCUUUUAAUAUUGUGAAUUAAAAGUAUUUAUUAUUGUAUUAUGGCUUUGAUAGAAAAAUGCUGAAAAGAUUAAAUAUUUUAGUUCAGUUUAGAAAAUAUUUUUUUUCAUAUAGUGUAAUAGCACA